CAAGGUACCUGGUGGGUGCCUGGGGCAAGGAUUUGUUCGUCUCGGAGAAACACGAGAACAAAGCGGAGGUCACGUGGGCUCUGCUUAUGUAAACACUCGGGUUAUCAUUGUUCCUUCCGGGACCCCCCUUUUUCAUCACCACCCGUGCCACCUCUGUUCUCCCUCCUCGCCGUCUUGAUUUACAGCUUCAAGCACGAGAUAGUAUCUAUGUGGGGGAUGCCAAUUGAUUGGGCGUGCCUCAAAUGUAGCAAAAGCAUUGUCGAGAGACGCCAAGCUCGUCGACAGCCUCUGUCUGAUGUCACCAAAGAGAUCAGUUCAAUCGUUUGAAGCCUCGUCAACAUUCGCCAACCACUUGCGAAGCUUGCAUUCAUCAGGAGCCCGGAGGUAAACACGGCCAGGACAUCCUGUCGCUGAGUGGGUUGUAUGCCGUUUUUGCGCCAAAUCUGUCUCGUUGAUUUGAAUACUCCGUACUCCGCCCCAUGGUGCGAGUAUGACUGUCCCCUUGCCAAGUGGGAUCUUCCGCUACUCGAGACUGUGCACGUUUCAGAGUUCAACCUCAGACAUCUCUCCACGCAAAUUUCAAGACAUACAGGUCAUCGCCCACUGGCUCGGGAAGAACUCAAGCAACGGCCUCGACUAUCUUAUCCAUGUUAGUCACAGCUUGUGCCACUUGGACGUGUUUCAACAUUGGCUUCAGACAGUUACCCAUCAAGCAUAGCUCCCUGACCUGAAACGAUGCCGGUUUAGCACGCCGAUCGGGAACGCUGAGCACGCAAAUACGCGGAGCUGCGUGGUCAAUGCCUUGCCCAGAACCGCAGUGCAGCAGGUAGGGGCGUUCACGGCUGGAAAACCCAUCACAUUCUUCCAUCUGCCUUGCAUCUUGCUCUUUCAUUUGUUGAGUACGCUGGUCGACCACAAUUCAAUUGACUUCGUCACUUUCCUUUCGUAUCUGAAGGCUGGUCCCUCGAAGCUGUCCGAUUCUACUGAUGUUUUGACCGUCGUCGCCACUUUCUUGCUCAACAAACUCUUCCUCGAAUGCAGAAGGGACUGUGAUCGGGAAUGCCUCCGAACAACCUACGCUACCGUAUCGACAGGACGUGGGUUGAAAGGACAAACCCAUACUCCCUCCGAAGAUCAGAUCUCUUGCGCCGAGAUCAUGCAGCUCAGAGCUUGCCUUCAGGCUUGCCAGCGGGACUACUCUACACUGUCCUGGGAAAGGCAACAGAAACGGACGGCACAGGUUCUGACGGCGACGACGAAAGCGAUGACGGGAAUGACAGUGGGGAUGACAGCAUGGAUGAAGAUGAGAAUCCUUUUGCCAGCGGCAGUCUCCCAGGAGGUGGACGAGGUCAAUUUCCUCCAACCACUGUGAUGGCAGACAACCCAUUCCUGCCUGAACUAAGCAUGACUAGCUCCGGCAUGGCGACUUCUGCCACGUCAAUGGAGUCUAUGGUGACUGCUCCAGCUGCAAGCUCUAUCUACGCCAGCUCUACUUCGGCCACCAGCGCAAUGGAGACGACGGCAUUGAACUCACCCAGCCUUGCUGCGGCGACGGCGACGGGAACGAGCGCGGCAUCGACAACCACCAAUCAACCUGCGGCCAAGGUGCAUACACACUCAUCCGUAAACCUCACAGCAGCUAUUGCGGUAGUUUCGGUCUUGGGAGUGAUCUGUGUCGCGGCCACAGCAUACCUUUUGUUUCGAUACUGCACACCACUGAGAGUCCGGCUGGCAGCGUUCCGCAAUCGUCGCGGCCAGAGACUCUCAGGCGAGGAAGAUGGCGACGGCGCAGGCCCGACCAUGAUGCAGGUAGGUAACCCUACACUUGCCGGCGCACGCCCACGACAACUCGCACUGGCAAGCACCCCGAACCUGUUGAGCGAAAAGCUGCAGAACCCUUUCACCGACCAGGUGCCGCUCGCCCUGAGCGAUGUCAGCAGCAACGGCCCAACCUUGCGGCAGGACAGCAUACCAAGCACCAAGAGGCCACCGACCUGGGCGUCGAGCGACACAGAGACCACAUACCCCGCCAACACUAUCCUCGAGGAGUACGUGUCGCCCCGGCAGUCCGACGGAACGCUGGUCCAUCCCAGCGGUCUGGCGAACAAUCCACCGACGCCAGUCGCAGGCAAACGUCCCAAGCUACGACGCACACCAGGCAAUGUCCUCACGCCGCUCAUGCCCGCUCCCGUUGCUGGUCUGAACAUCCGCGAGAGCGUGUCCACGCCCAGUCCAGCAGAUUUUCCGGCGCCCACGCCUCCAGAGUCCGUCAUCGACUCGCCAAUGAGCCAGUACCGCAGCCACAGGUCCAUCACUCCGUCGGAGAGUGCAUCGAAUGCUCCUUUCUCUCCGUUGCCCUUCCCCGCUGGAUUGAUGCGUGCCAUGCCCGUGGGCGUGGGCGUGGAUUCUCGAUGGAGCAGGAACUCGUCGAGCCUCAAUGGCCGAACGACCGAGAUGGCCAGGAACUCCCCGCCCAGGAGAGGCAGCGGAGACGGUGCGGUGCCGUUGCCGCCACGUUUGCCGCUUGCCGUGAAGAGGUCCAGCGCCGGAUCGGUGGCGUCGUCUGUGAGAUCUAGUGGCAGUAGGGCUUCAGUGACUGAUAUGACCCGGUAAUUGUGACCUGGAGAGCAGGGACGGAUUAUUCGCUUUCUCCGCUUGGUGAGAAAGAGAGACCAAUCGUUUUUGUAAACAAAAGCUCUGCGAGCCUGGAAGAUGUACGGUAGUAUCAAAUGCUAGACUGAUAGAAAUUAUGUGCCAUGAC